AUUCAAGUCAUCUGGACACAUUGCCAGCGUAUAAAAGUAAAUGUUAGAAAUAUUCAAAAUUCAGUUAAAUUAAAUUGUUGGCAAGUGCAGAUUAUAUGAAAGUUACUUUAUAAAAAUGAAGCUACAAAACAAAGCAUUUCCAGCAUUAAUCGCUUCAGUUUUCAUGCUCAGUUGUCUAAGUUCCGUUAUUCAAGCACGUAUUUACAACAAAUGUGCGUUGGCACGUCGUCUCUAUCGCAUGGGUUUGCCUUUUCAUGAGCUGGACGAUUGGAUGUGUUUGAUCGAGGGUGAGAGCUCCUUCAAUACGAAAGCCAUAAAUCCAUCGAAUGUGGAUGGCUCCGUCGAUUGGGGUCUGUUUCAAAUCAACGAUCGCUACUGGUGCAAGCCGGCCGAUGGACGUCCAUCCACUGAUUCAUGUCGCAUGCCUUGUCGUCUCCUAUUGAGCGAUGAUAUACGGUUUUCGGUCGCCUGUGCAAAGUAUAUACGACGCAUACAGGGCUUCAGCGCUUGGGUCGCAUGGAAUAAUCGCUGUCAAGGCUAUAAGCCGAGUGUGAAGCAUUGUUUUGUGCAUAGUGGACCGUACUUGAAAUGAAGUUGUACGCGAUUGUGAAUAUUUGAAUUUAAUGUUGUUUCAUGUUGUAAUGAAAAAUGAUGUGAAUAAAUAUAAGAUGAACCUUCAGACUUUCAUUACAUCUUUUGCUGGUAUUAUCUCAUACAGCUGACUUAGGAAUAAUAUCAUAUUUUGUAUAAUGUAUCCUAUAGUGUUGAUGAACAUGCGUGGAAUUUGCUACGUUAUAAUUAUUGUUGCUGUGGGAGUGGCAGAAAAGAUCUCUUGAGUAAUUUAGAGGAAUGCUGUCGAGUUGGCAGUCCUUGACCGGCUAAAAAUCCCGGUCCAUUUCGUUUACGUA